GUUGCUGCUAUCACGUCCAGACUCCCCGUGCAACAUUAUUGAUACACUUUUCUCUCUCGCGCACGUCUCCGUUCGCUCCUCCCCGCGCUGAUUAAAUGCCGGCUCGGCGCGUCUGCGUGCCGCAGUUGAAGGCAGCCGUGUCAGGGGAGCCGUAGGGUCAGACUUGUGACAUCCAAACAGCGAGAAAACAUCUUGAGGUUUUUUGUUUUUUUACCUCUCUGUCUCUCUCUCCAUCUAAGAAGGAUCAGAUAUGAAGACCAUUCUGGCUGCGUACUCUGGCGUCCUCAAAGGCACCGGCUGCAGCAUCCUCUCUGCCCUGCAGGACCUGUCCGUGGCUUUUUGGCCCUGCAGAUCCAAGAUGGAAAAACACCUGCAGGUCAUCUCCGUGCUGCAAUGGGUCAUCAGCUUCUUGGCCAUGGGUGCUGCCUGCACUGUGCUACUGAUCUACAUGUUCUGCACUGACUGCUGGCUUAUUUCUGCCAUUUACACCGCCUGGCUCAUCGUUGACUGGAACACCCCGAAACAAGGUGGCAGGAGGUCCUCUUGGGUGAGAAACUGGACAGUGUGGACAUAUUUCCGAGACUACUUCCCAAUCAGGCUAAUUAAAACCCACAAGCUGCUGCCCAGCCGGAACUACAUCUUUGGCUACCACCCGCACGGCAUCCUCUGUUUCGGUGCUUUCUGCAACUUCGGGACCGAGGCUACGGGCUUCACCAAGAAAUUCCCGGGAAUCAAGCCCUCCCUGGCAACCCUGGCGGGAAACUUCCGCUUGCCCGUCCUUCGAGACUACCUGAUGUCUGGAGGUAUCUGUCCAGUGAACAAGAACUCCAUCGACUAUCUGCUGUCGUGCAACGGGACGGGAAAUGCUGUGGUCAUCGUUAUCGGAGGAGCGUCGGAGUCUCUGCAGUGCGCGCCGGGCAUGAACAUCGUCACCCUGAAGAACCGUAAAGGCUUUGUGAGGCUGGCCCUGCAGAAAGGGUCUGACCUGGUUCCAGUGUAUUCCUUUGGAGAGAACGAUGCCUACAAGCAGGUGAUCUUCGAGGAGGGGACCUACUGGCGGUCUCUCCAAAGGAGGUUGCAGAAGAUCAUAGGCUUUGCCCCAUGCCUCUUCCAUGGAUGUGGCCUAUUCUUCGGCAACUCCUGGGGCAUUGUGCCUUAUGGCAAUCCUAUCACCACCAUAGUUGGAGAGCCAAUCACAGUGCCAAAAAUUGAGGAUCCAACUGAGGAGAUGGUGGGUCUGUACCACGCAAUGUACAUCAGGUCCCUGCAGUGCCUUUUUGACAAGUACAAGACCCGCUUCGGACUGAAAGAGAGCGACGUCCUGUACAUCCAGUGAAAGGACAAGGGGGCUCUGUUGAAGCUUUGAACUUUUGACAGCAUCUUCAGACCCCUCCACCCCCUUCCCCACCCCGGCCCGCAUCCUAUCUUGAUGCCCGAUUUUGGAUUAUCUCUGGACUGCAAGCUCUGCACAUGAGCACUUUUGCUAAAGAAACAUCUGCUCUCUGCAUCGUUUCACACACAUAGACACACACAUGGCAUAAUUCAUUCUCAGGAAAUGGCAGGUUUGAAGAACAGGCACCUCUCCCUGCUGCUGCAAUCGAGGAGAACCGUCUCAGUUUUUAUACCAAAUCCCACAUCAACAAUUAUGCCAUUGUGGUUUCCAUGUCUCAUUGAAGGCAUUGGGUUUGGUUUGUGUUUAUCGGUGCAGAGGGGGGAAAGUUCCACUAGCAUGGUAACAUGCAAAACUUUAGAGAAGUGCCAAUGCUUUUGUCUUUCACUCAUGCAGCCAUGUAAUUCUCCCCAAGCUCUUUAAAUCCUAUUACAGUAUAUGCUUAAUGCACAAACGAUGCAAAUGGAAGAUACCACUUCAUUAUUGGGACGAUAAGCCCAAAGUUUAAUUGAGCCAAAGAUCUAGGUUGUCCCCACACAGGUGUGUAUUUCUCCUGUAUAAAAGCCAAAAGUGAUGGAAUUCUACAGGAUGGAUAUACAGUACAUAUUAUGAAUGCAUACGCAUGUACAUGUGUGCCUGUGAUUUAUAACGCCAUAAAGUAUUAAUUGUAUGCUGUAGAGAGGAACGAGACUGUUUUAGUACCCUCCUUCAGUAGAUAUUUCUGAUGCACUUUUCGUAUUGCUGAUUACCUUCUGAGGUUUUUUAUGCCUUUUUGAUAUGAGAAAUUUUCCAAGACUGUCCUUGUGCUGCUUGUCUUGAUUUCCCUUUCUGGUCCUAGUGGUGUCCAGGUCUGGACGGGUGUGUUUUGUCAAUGCAACAAAAACCACACUGAUGUCUUGUAACUUCUGUAAAAUGAAGGUAUUGAGCUGCAGUUGAAGAAGAUCAUGUUUUGUGGGUGAAAAUCCUGAAUGUUUGAGGAUUCCGGUGUACGGUGAAUGUGUUUUGUAACCGUACAAUGGGUGAUAAUUGAAAAAUCAAGGGAUGAUACCAGUCGUAUUACUGGUACUAUGUUAUGUUUCGAGGCUGCCACCAGUACUUUUGUGAAAUAAGAGUAUGUGGGUAUGGAACACAUCCCGGGAAUUAUCGAAGUAAGUAAGUGUGUGCGAUGUUGACGGCCAUGAAGAUGGGGCAGUUAAUUAUCAGAUUGUCAUUUGAAGAGCCAUUUUCUCUGGUUUCACCACUGUGCCUUCUUAUAGACAGCAGUGUAAUCCAUGUGCAAGAAAUUUGCAAGAAAUAAACGGCAAGAGAGAUCUGUCAAUAUGAUAAAUGGCAUCGUCCGUCUGCCAAUAUUUAAAUUAAAUUUUUGUAUGUU